UAAUAGUAAUAGUUCAUUUAGUAUUCUGUCAUACGCAGUAUAAUAAAUCAAAAUGAUCGUGUUUAUUACUAAAUUCAUAAUAGUGAUAUCUUUCAUCACCCCAAUAUUAUCUACUUUUGGAUUCGACAAUUUAGCAAAUUGCCCGAAAGAAGCAUUAGUAAAUUAUUCAGAUAUUAAUUAUAAUUUUCUUUAUUUUGGUGAAAGUGAUAUCAGUGGUUUAGAUAAACAACAACUGAAUACUGAUGCCUUAGUUGAUAUUAUCGAUAAUGAUUUUAAUAAUGAAACACAAUUUUGUUUAUGUUCAGUAAAAGUCUGUAUUGCUAUAUGUACUGCAUCAGCAUUGCAAAACUUUCAGCUAAAAUAUGUAACAAUUAACGGAACAAAUCAAACAGUAACAUUUCCUUUAAUAUAUAAUUCUACAACUCUUGAAGUUAUGAAUGAAACUCAAUUAUUUAAUUUAAGUUGGCCAGAUAACGCUGGAAGCUUUUAUGUCUUUAGUCGAGAUCCUUGUGAUGAUGAAUUGAAACUUGAAUUUAAUCAAGAUGAGUUUCAACUCUUGACAAAUAGUUCUAUUCACUCUGAUGAAUAUGAAUUUAUAAUAGAUACCGAUAGUUAUUGUUUUGAUUUUUCUGAUACAGGAAAUUUCAGUGCAUAUAUAUGUUUAUCAGUACUUGAAAUAGAAUUUGAGAGUCAUGACCCAAUGUUAUUCAUUUUUCUUAGCGGAAUAGCAAUAUCAAUGCCCUGCUUAGUGAUAACUAUAAUUAUUUACACUAUUUUUAGAGAACUAAAAAAUUUACACUGUCUUGUUGUAAGAAAUUAUUGUAUUUGUCUUUUUUUUGCUUAUUUAUCAUUUUUCAUUGUCAUAAUAAUUCCUAGAUUAUAUUUUUACCCACGUUUAUGUAAAGCAGGAGGUAAUUAAUAUUAAAAAAAAAAAAUUCUCGUUAAGCUACAUGUUUGAUGAAUA